AUGAUCGCCAUCGAUCUUGAUUUUGCUGAGGGCCAAUGGCAAUACCAUAUAUCAACCACCUUCUUCGUUGGUGUAAUCUUACCCCUUCUAUACUACGUGUACGAGAAAUACGUUACCCCCAGACCGAACAAGUACAAUAAGCUCGAAGCACCAAAAAAGCUCGUGUACCCUAUUGCAGAUGAAGCGAAGCCUCAUUGGAAGGGUAAGAGGCUCUACUCGCCUAAUAUCGGCUUACGCGUGCCUGGUGAACCCACAAAGAUCCAAAGUUACUGUCCAGCUACGGCACAGUUCUUGGGCACAUUUGAGUGCACCUCUCGUAAGGAGAUGGACGAGCAGAUAAGAAAAGCUGAAGCUGCUCAGAAAGAAUGGGCUCAAUCAAGCUUUGUGGUCAGAAAACAGCUUUUGCGGACUCUCAAUCAGUUCAUUUUGGAUAACCAGCAAGACAUCGCACGCGUCGCUUGUAGAGACAGUGGAAAGACGAAGUUGGACGCCUCAAUGGGUGAGAUCAUGGUCACUUUGGAAAAGAUCAAUUGGAUCAUUGCCCACGGCGAGAAAGCAUUGAGUCCCUCAACCAGGGCUGGACCUUCAUCUCUCCUUAUGGGUCUUAUGAAGCAUGCCGAGGUUCGCUACGAACCUUUGGGUGUUAUCGCGGCCAUUGUGUCUUGGAACUACCCGUUGCAUAACCUUAUUGGUCCUGUUUUGGCAGCUUUGUUCAGCGGUAAUGCUAUUAUUGUUAAAUGCUCGGAGCAAGUCGUGUGGUCUUCUACGUGGUUCGUGGGUAUGAUACACGCUGCCCUUCGCCUGCUUGGCCUUAAUGAGGACAUUGUUCAAUUGUGUUACUGCUACCCUGAAGAUGCCGAGUACUUCACAUCCCACCCAGGCUUGAAGCACAUUACAUUCAUCGGCUCCAAGCCUGUUGCGCAGAAGGUUCUUCAGAGUGCCUCUACUGAAUUGACGCCAUGUGUUAUCGAGCUAGGCGGCAAAGAUUCAGUCAUUGUGUUGGAUGAUAUGUCCGACUACAACCCAUUGUCGUCGGUCCUCUUGAGAGGCACUUUCCAGAGCGCAGGCCAGAACUGUAUCGGAAUUGAGCGUGUAAUUUGUCUUCCAAAAGCUUACGAAGAACUAGUGCCAAUCUUAGAAGAAAGGCUCCGCGGGUUCCGUCUUGGUUCGGAUAUCGAUCAACUCGACGAGAUUGACAUGGGCGCUAUGAUUUCAGACAACCGCUUUGCUGCCAUCGAAGAACUCAUUGAAGAUGCUGUGUCUAAAGGUGCUCGUCUUUUAGCUGGUGGAAAGCCUUAUCUGCAUCCUAACUACCCACAAGGACACUACUUUGAGCCAACUCUUUUGGUCGAUGUGGAUACAUCCAUGAAGAUCGCCAACACCGAGGUGUUCGGCCCUGUUCUCACCAUGAUGAAAGCCACUGACGUUGAUGAUGCGGUCAGAAUCUCGAACAGUACCGAGUUCGGUCUCGGCAAUUCUGUCUUUGGGUCGUCCUUCAAGCAAUGUAACGAAAUUGCUCAACGACUCGAGUCUGGAAAUGUCGCGAUCAAUGACUUCGCUACAUUCUACGUGUGCCAGCUUCCCUUCGGUGGAAUAAAGAAGUCUGGAUACGGUAAGUUUGGAGGUGAAGAGGGAUUGACCGGUCUUUGCAAUGCCAAGUCCGUGGUCAUGGACAAGCCACUCUUGAGACUACUCGGAGUCAAGACCGCGAUCCCACCACCAAUUGAUUAUCCGAUUGCUGACGACAAAAAAGCAUGGGGCUUUGUCAGCGGGCUUAAUACUGCAAGCUACGACUCCCGCUUCUGGAAGAUUGUUAAUGGUUUCAAAAAAUUAGCCAAGGGCGGCGCCUGA